GCUGGCGUCCCCGCAGCUCCGGUCCCCGCCGCCCCGGAGCCAGGCAGACUUGCAAGAGGAGUUGGGGAGUGGAGGGACUGCACACCUGCGGCCGCUGGAGCGUGAGCGCGACCCUAACCGUGUCAUGUGGCUGGAACUUCUCCUGGCUUCGGUGCUGGGCCUUGUCAUCUACUGGUUUGUCUCCCGGGACAAGGAAGAAACCUUGCCACUUGAAGAUGGCUGGUGGGGCCCAGGGUCGAAGCCCUCAGCCAGAGAAGAUGAGAGCAUCCGGCCUUUCAAGGUGGAGACAUCAGACGAGGAGAUCAAGGACUUACACCAGAGGAUUGACAGGUUCCGGGCAUCCCCGCCUUUGGAGGGCAGCCGCUUCCACUAUGGCUUCAACUCCAGCUACCUGAAGAAAGUGGUGUCCUUCUGGAGAAACGAGUUUGACUGGAGGAAGCAGGUGGAGAUCCUCAACCAGUACCCCCACUUCAAGACCAAGAUUGAAGGACUGGACAUCCACUUCAUCCAUGUGAAGCCUCCCCAGCUGCCCUCAGGCCGCACCCCAAAGCCCUUGCUGAUGGUGCAUGGCUGGCCCGGCUCCUUCUAUGAGUUUUACAAGAUCAUCCCGCUGCUGACUGACCCCAAGACCCACGGCCUGAGUGACGAGCACGUGUUUGAAGUCAUCUGUCCCUCCAUUCCUGGCUAUGGCUUCUCAGAGGCAUCCAGCAAGAAAGGGUUCAAUUCGGUGGCCACUGCCAGGAUCUUCUACAAGCUGAUGUCGCGGCUGGGCUUCCAGAAAUUCUACAUUCAAGGCGGGGACUGGGGGUCCCUCAUCUGCACCAACAUGGCCCAGAUGGUUCCCAACCACGUGAAAGGCCUGCACUUGAACAUGGCUUUCAUCUCAAGAAGUAUUUACACCCUGACCCCUCUCCUGGGCCGGCGUUUCGGGAGAUUUCUUGGCUACACUGAGAGGGAUAUCGAGCUGUUGUACCCCUUCAAGGAGAAGGCUUUCUACAGCAUCAUGAGGGAGAGUGGCUACCUACACAUCCAGGCCACCAAGCCAGACACCGUGGGCUGUGCUCUGAACGACUCGCCCGUGGGCCUGGCUGCCUACAUCUUAGAAAAGUUCUCCACCUGGACCAAGUCAGAAUACCGUGAACUGGAGGAUGGAGGCCUGGAGAGGAAGUUCUCCCUGGAAGAUCUGCUGACCAACAUCAUGAUCUACUGGACAACAGGAACCAUUGUCUCCUCCCAGCGCUUCUACAAGGAGAACUUGGGCCAGGGCAUCAAUGUCCAUAGGCAUGAGAGGAUGAAGGUCUUCGUGCCCACCGGCUAUUCCGCUUUCCCUUCCGAGCUACUGCACGCUCCAGAAAAGUGGGUGAAGGUCAAGUACCCCAAGCUCAUCUCCUAUUCCUACAUGGAAAGUGGGGGCCACUUUGCUGCCUUUGAAGAGCCCAAGCUUCUGGCCCAGGACAUCCGCAAGUUCGUGUCCCUGGCUGAGCUGCAGUAAUGACCCUAGAUACCAACCAAGGCUUUAGUUACAGCCCUGGUUCCUCCCAAGUCACACGGAGGGGAGAUGACCCCUUUCUAAAGAAUAAGUUUUUGCCCCCUGACCACACUAAGGGCCCUGACUUAACCCCUCACAGAGUCACCUCUCACCACCCCCACGUGGAUCACCCCACUACACACCUGUGUUAAGCUACUUUGCUUUGAUGAUAAAUGGUUUUAUUUCUAAGA